AUGCCACCAAAGGAAGACUGGGAAAAGUAUAAAGCACCAAUCGAAGAUGAAACAGAGCAAAAUAACAAGAAAAAGGAUGAAAUGGUCCCUUUGACGGAAGGUGACAUUCAAGUGUUAAAAACUUAUGGUGCUGCACCAUAUGCAAGUAAAUUGAAAGCCAUUGAAAAGGAUUUAAAAGAUAUUGAGGCAAGAAUCAAAGAGAAAGGUGGCGUCAAAGAGAGUGAUACUGGGUUAGCACCAUCUCAUUUAUGGGACAUAAUGGGUGAUAGACAAAGAUUGAGUGAGGAACAUCCUUUGCAAGUUGCACGUUGUACAAAAAUUAUAAAGGGGAAUAGUGGAGAUAAUAAUAACGGUAACACAACUAAUAGUAUAAAUCAGGGAAAUGAGAAUAGUCAACCUAAUAAUACUAGUAGUAAUGUACCAUCUGCUAAUGAUGAGGAAGAUGAUGAGGAAGCUAAAUAUGUUAUUAAUUUGAAACAAAUUGCUAAGUUUGUUGUUGGUUUGGGCGAACGUGUAUCUCCAACAGAUAUUGAAGAAGGGAUGAGAGUUGGUGUGGAUAGAUCUAAAUACCAUAUUGAAUUACCCCUACCACCAAGAAUCGAUCCAACUGUAACAAUGAUGACAGUGGAAGAAAAACCAGAUGUGACAUACAGUGACGUUGGUGGUUGUAAAGAACAAAUUGAAAAGUUAAGAGAAGUUGUAGAAUUGCCAUUACUUUCUCCAGAAAGAUUUGCUACAUUAGGUAUUGACCCACCGAAGGGUAUAUUAUUAUACGGGCCACCAGGGACAGGUAAGACCUUAUGUGCUAGGGCUGUAGCCAACAGGACAGAUGCCACAUUUAUCAGAGUUAUUGGUUCUGAAUUGGUACAAAAAUAUGUUGGUGAAGGUGCACGUAUGGUUAGAGAAUUGUUUGAGAUGGCAAGAACCAAGAAAGCAUGUAUUAUAUUCUUUGAUGAAAUCGAUGCUAUAGGUGGAGCACGUUUUGAUGAUGGUGCAGGUGGUGACAACGAAGUUCAAAGAACUAUGUUAGAAUUAAUCACACAGUUGGAUGGGUUUGAUCCUCGUGGUAAUAUUAAAGUAAUGUUUGCUACUAAUAGGCCAAACACAUUAGAUCCAGCCCUAUUGAGACCAGGUAGAAUUGAUCGUAAAGUAGAAUUCUCUUUACCUGAUUUAGAAGGACGAGCAAACAUUUUCCGUAUCCAUUCUAAAUCUAUGAGCGUGGAGCGUGGUAUAAGAUGGGAGCUUAUAUCCAGGUUAUGUCCAAAUACCACUGGUGCUGAAUUAAGAUCUGUUUGUACUGAGGCUGGGAUGUUUGCUAUUCGUGCAAGAAGGAAAGUAGCCACGGAAAAGGAUUUCUUAAAAGCUGUGGAUAAAGUUAUUAAUGGUUACAAAAAAUUUAGUUCUACUUCACGUUAUAUGCAAUAUAAUUAG